AUGGGUAUGGGUGCGGGCGCUGAGGCCGUGUCCGGCAAGCGUGCUGAGCUCGCCGGCAAUCGCGUCGGAUGGCGCGGGCUCCUGAGCAGCAAGAAGACCUUUGCGAUUGCUCUUUUCGCGUCGCUGGGUGGUUUCGUCUAUGGAUACAACCAGGGAAUGUUCUCCGAGAUUCUUACAAUGAACUCCUUCAUCAAAGCGACCGACGGAUAUGCAGCGCGAACCGGUCUUAAGCAGGGUAUGCUUACAUCCAUUCUGGAAUUGGGAGCGUGGGUCGGUACACUAUUGAACGGUUAUCUCGCCGAUGCCAUGGGUCGUCGUCAAACUGUCGUUGUUGCUGUGGUCAUCUUCUGCGUCGGUGUGAUUGUCCAGGCUUGUACGAAAAACGCAGGCUAUGUUUUUGCCGGUCGGUUCGUUACCGGUCUGGGAGUGGGUAAUCUGAGUAUGAUUGUUCCUCUGUAUAACGCAGAGCUGGCUCCCCCCGAAAUUCGUGGCUCUCUAGUCGCCGUGCAGCAGCUUUCCAUUACCUUCGGUAUCAUGGUCAGCUUCUGGAUUGGCUACGGCACCAACUACAUUGGCGGGACAGGUGAUGGACAGUCCAUUGCGGCCUGGGAGAUCCCCGUUUGCAUUCAAGUCCUCCCGGCCCUGAUCCUCGCUGCGGGAAUGGUUUUGUUCAUGCCUCAGUCGCCUCGUCAUCUGAUGAACCAGGGACGGGACGAGGAAUGUUUGCAGACUCUUGCCCGACUUCGCGAUGCCCCCACCGACGACAUUCUGGUUCGCAUCGAGUACUUGGAGAUCAAGUCGCUCAAGAUGUUUGAGGAGGAAACUGCCAAGAAGAAGUACCCUCAAUAUCAGGAUGGAUCGUUUAAGAGUAACUUCAUGAUUGGGUUCCACGACUACCUUUCGCUCAUCACAAACCCGUCACUGUUCAAGCGGACCACUGUUGCGUGCUUGAUCAUGCUUUUCCAACAAUGGAACGGAAUCAAUGCCAUUAACUACUACGCGCCUCAAGUCUUCGAAGGCCUUGAAUUGGGAGGAAAUACGACAUCCCUCUUGGCUACCGGUGUUGCUGGUAUCUUCGAGUUUGUCUUCACAAUCCCUGCCGUUCUCUGGGUCGACAACAUCGGUCGUAAGAAGAUCCUACUUGCCGGUGCGGUUGGUAUGGCAGUCUGCCAUUUCAUCUGCGCGGGUCUCAUUGGCUCGUACGAGGGGACAUUUGGAGAGCACAAGAGCGCAGGAUGGGCGACAGUCGCAUUCGUGUGGAUCUUCAUCAUUAACUUUGCCUACUCAUGGGGUCCGUGCGCAUGGAUCGUGGUAUCCGAAGUUUUCCCGCUCAGCAUGCGUGCCAAGGGCGUCAGUAUCGGCGGUAGCAGCAACUGGCUCAACAACUUCGGUGUCGGUCUAGCCACCUCCCCCUUCAUCGCCGCCUCCACCUACGGCACCUUCAUCUUCUUCGGCUGCAUCACCGUGGUCGGAGCGGUCUACGUGUGGUUCUUCGUUCCCGAAACCAAGGGGCGCACACUAGAAGAGAUGGACGAACUAUUCGGCUCUGAGGGCAUGGCAGCCGAAGACGAGGCGCUCCGACAACAGAUUGAUCGCGAGAUCGGCUUGACGGCACUGCUUCACGGGGAGAUGAUUGAAUCUACCGAGAAGAUUCCCGAGAAGGCGGUCCAUGCUGACGAUGUGGCCCUGGCUCCUCCCUCGGCGUAAGCCAGCCGCAUGUGGUGGAGCCGAGCAUACAGUGCCAUAACCAUAUCAAAGGGGGGCGCGGGU